CUUGAACUGGGCAGAAAGUACCCUAAGUCACCUAAAUUAAAACUAAAGACCAAUCCUCUUUCAUCUUGCUAAGCAAGGGACUGUGUGCUUUUCUGAGAGUCCCAGGGAUCAUGGAUCUUGAAGCAUACUAUAAGAGGAUUGGUUAUAAGAACCCUGGGAACAAAUUGGACUUGGAAUCAUUGACGGGCAUUCUUCAGCACCAGAUCAGGACUGUCCCCUUUGAAAACCUUAGUCUUCACUGUGGGGAGUCCAUGGAGCUGGACUUAGAGGUCAUUUUUGAUAAAAUUGUGAGGAAGAAUCGAGGUGGAUGGUGUCUCCAGGUCAACUAUCUUCUGUACUGGGCUUUGGCCACCACCGGAUUCAACGUCACAAUGUUAGGAGGGUAUGUUUAUAGCAGGGCCAGCGACAAAUACAGCAUGGGCAUGAUUCACCUUCUAGUACAGGUGACCAUUAACGGCAAGAAGUACAUUGUCGAUGCAGGGUUUGGACGCUCCCACCAGAUGUGGCAGCCUGUGGAGCUGAUUCCUGACCAGGAUCAGCCCCAGGUGCCCAGCAUAUUCCGCUUGAGACAAGAGGGUGAAACCUGGUACCUAGACCAAAUCAGAAGACAGCAGUAUAUUCCAAAUGAAGAAUUCCUCAAUUCUGAACUCCUGGAAAAGGAAAGCUACCGAAAGAUCUACAGCUUCACUCUUCAACCUCGAACAAUUGAGGAAUUCGAGCCUGUGAACACGUAUCUCCAGGAAUCUCCAUCAUCUGUGUUCUUGGACAAAUCAUUCUGCUCCUUGCAGACCCCAGAAGGGGUUCAAUGUUUGGUGGGGUCUGUCCUCACUUCCCGGAUCUUCAAUUACAAGGAAAAUACAGAUCUGGUAGAGUUUAAAACUCUAACUGAGGAGGAAGUUGAAGAACUGCUGAAAACCAUAUUUAAUAUUUCCUUGGGAAAAAAGCUUGUGUGCAAAUGUGGUGAUAAGUUUUUUACUAUCUAAAGUAUGGAGCAAAAUUGUCUUUAGUAUUACAAGUAAUUACACCUUUUAUUAUAUGAGAACAAACAUAUAAAACAACAUAGAAUAGAAUGUAAAAUCACUGUACAUUUAUCAACUUGUCACCAAUGAUCAACAGAUGCCAGAUCAUAUCCUAAUUUCAUCACGAUGAAAAUCCUACACAUGAAAAUCAUAAUAACCCUAAAAUUAUGACCAUACAUAUUUGAAAGUUGUUAAAAUAAAAAUAAC